AGACUUAUCUAUAAAUGAGUGGGAUAUUAUCAUAGUACAGGUUGAGAGUCUUUUCCGUAUUGAGUUCACAGCCCAUCCAUUUGUAGCUAUUCUUGAUAAAGUCAAUACCAUUAUGCGUCAAAUGUCUAGCAGUACAAAUGCAUGGGAAUCUGAGAAUACAAUAUGUGAUGAAUUAAGAUCUGUGAGACAUGUUUUGGCUAUGGAUGCUUUUGCAAAUACAUCAGCACUAACCUUCCUCCAAACUUAUCGUGGUGAAAAUAUUCGCACAGUUGAUAAUAAGUAUCAGCCUCGUAUAGGUGAGACAGUUGAAUUUGUUUAUGAUCCGAAUAGUGGAGCUGAAGCCAUGCGAAUAGAAUAUGAUCUUUUGAGGCAAGGCAAAUGCAUAGCAUUCGUAUCUACUGGAGCAGUAAUGGCUAGAGCGUUAGUAGAAAAGGCAUCUAAGUUGUCUAAACCUGAUAAUUCUCCUGUUAAAGCCUGUGUAUAUUAUGGGAAUAGAGAUGCAGGAAUAUCAUUCGAGGUUACGAGCCACUUUGAUAUAGUUAUAGCUAUUACAAAUAUUGCCACUUCAGUUUAUAUUGAGGCUCUUGCACAAAUGCUUUAUCGAAUUCGUGACUCAGAACUUGAAAGUGCUCGACCUAAUAAUUUGCUUACAGCAAUAAAGGGUCACUGUGAAUGGGAUAACAAUGCUAUUUCUUAUAAAAUUGAUGAAUCUUCAGCUUCUUAUAGCCAGUACUGGUACUUCUCUCUAAUUAAUAAAAUGGAUGAGAGCCGAGGAGUAAUAGGAAAUCGUAAAAGAAUCUGUAAUGAGAUUAGAGUUGAAGUAUUAGUUAUUAAAGAAACAGAUUUUAAUGCUGUUGCUAUUUCCCAAAAUCUUUGCCUUGAAGAAGCUGAAAAUCUUAAGUUUGAUCAAGAGUGCUCUAUCUCAGAUAUUAUGGCACUUAAACGUUUCUAUUUGCGAAAUCUUUAUGGUGGUAAAGACAUAAAUAUUAGGCAUAGUUAUGAUGAAGAGAGUGAAAUGGAAGGGUUAAAAGCCAAGGAUACUACACAAUAG